AUCGACUUACUCAUCUUUUGGAACAAGUUUUAACUCUAAUUCUGUGCAGUUUUCUACCUCAGAACUGAACUAAUUUUCGAGUAUUAAUAGAUAUACGUUAAAUUAUCACAAUAUAAACGUAUUAGAAAUAUGUUCAUGUUUUUAAUUUUCUUUAAGAAUUAGUUCACAAUUAAUUAGGAAGAUCGCCUGCCAUAACCUAAUUUAUUUAGCUGACAAAUUUAAAGUUUCUUGUCACUCCCUUGAAAUUUUGUAUUAUGUUUACAAUUUUGCAAAACGGUAGAUCAUCGUACACAAUUUUGUUUUAGAAAUAAGAUUUCUAAUAAUGCCGCGUACUAAACGUAGAAAUCCUGAGUGUCCAGUUGAGGGAGACAGGAGUUUCAAAAGGGUUAAAACUAAUUUAAGGAGUAAAAAGACAGAGGAUACUACUUUUAAUGCGAAAAGAUGCUUAGCGUGGUUUCAUGAAUAUACAACGAAGGACGAUCCAGAUACGUUAGGUCCAGAAGGGAUGGAAAAGUUUUGUGCUGACAUAGGAGUACAACCAGAAGAUAUUACUAUGCUAGUAUUAGCAUAUAAAAUGUCAGCUAGAGAUAUGGGAUUUUUUACUAAAGUGGAAUGGAUGAGAGGCUUCACGGAAUUGCAAUGUGAUUCUCCAUCUAAGAUGAGUGGAAUUAUAGAAUCGUUGAAAACUAUGCUCAACAAUAAUUUAACGUUUAAAGGAAUAUAUAGAUACGCUUAUGAUUUUGCUAGAGACAAAGAUCAACGUAGUAUGGACACAGACACAGCCAUCGCUAUGCUGAAUUUAUUACUAGGAUCCCGUUGGUCUCUACAUAGUGAAUUUUCGCGGUUCAUAGAACACUCUAAAUAUCGGGUUAUAAACAAAGACCAAUGGUGUAAUAUAUUGGAAUUUUCCAAGUCUAUUCAUGAAGACUUGUCCAAUUAUGAUGUUGAUGGCGCUUGGCCGGUGAUGUUAGAUGAAUUUGUCGAAUGGCUGAAGUCUAAACAGAUGAAUUGUGAUAAUAUCGAAACCUAAUGCAAUAUUCUCUACAAUGAAAAGUGAGAAUACCACCGAAUUACAUUCAUUUUUGAUUUCUUAGCAAAAUACAUUAAAUUAAUACUCUGUGAAAGGACAACAUUCGUAACUUUAAAUAAAUGUAAUUGUCAUCUAACUGCUAUGCUAAAAAAUCAAUGAUGUAUGUAUGAAAACAUAAUUUUAAGACUGCUAUCAUUGAUGCUCAUGGAGUUGCUGUUAAAAGUAGUUUAUAUCAGCAUUUCAGUUAAGGAAGUUUUAUAUGAAUCUACUAAACAUACAAUUAUCAGUAUUGUCUUGGUUUUCUUUGAAAUUUUUAUUUCUCUUGUAAUUGACUUAUUGUUUGGUUAAAAAUAAACCAAAUUUCAAAUGUCCAUGCUUGACAAACAUGAAGAAAUAUAUUGAUUUGAUUUAAC